AUGAAAGUCCAACAAAGGCGGUUGAGUGGUGGGAGGGUGGAGAGAUAUUGGGUGGUAGAGAUGAGGUUGCCGGAGGAACAUGGUUGGCUUGUACGAGGGGAGGAAGAGUGUCAUUCCUUACUAACGUCUUGGAGCUUCACACUCGCCCGGAAGCCAAAACUAGAGGAGACCUUCCACUUCGUUUCUUGGAGCAAUAAGAGUCCAGAGGAAUUUGCAAAGGAAUUGGUGAAGGAGGUUCAUGAGUACAAUGGGUUCAACCUCAUAACCCUUGACCUUUCUUCAAACACGAUGUUUUAUAUAUCAAAUAGACCAAAAAGUGAACCUCCAACUGUUCAACAGGUUCAACCAGGCAUCCAUGUCCUCUCCAAUGCCAAGCUCGACUCCUCUUGGCCAAAGGCUCAACGUUUGAAAUUUAAUUUUAAAAAGUUGCUUAGCGCAUAUGAUAAAGACGAAGAUAUACCCAUGAAGGAUAUGAUGGACAAACUAAUGAGAGACACCAUGAAAGCCGAAAAGAGUCAACUUCCUAAUAUUUGUUCCAUUGAUUGGGAGCAUAAUCUAAGCUCAAUAUUUGUUGAAGUAGACACCCCGUUGGGUCGUUAUGGGACGAGAAGCAUGAUUGCACUAAGUAUCAAAGAUACCGAAGAAGCAAGUUUUCAUGAGACCUACAUUGAAAGAGGAUUUUGGUGGGAGAAAACAGUCGAUUAUUAUGUUACUCCACAAGUUAAAACGAAAGAUAUUGUCUUCUAA